AUGGCAAAGCGUUUACGCAACAGUUCGAUCACGACCCAAAGCAGCAUCGGUGGCGAUGCUGUCCACACACCGAAGUAUACAGAACUUGAAGAGCAUGAUCGAAGCACUGCAAGAACGCUGCAGUGUGUGCUACCACCUCACAAGCCGCUGACGUUCCCCAAUUACGCGGACUACGAGAAGCACUACAAUCAAAGCCACACCAACAGAUGCGCAGAGUGCCAGAAGAAUUUCCCGAGUGGCCACUUUCUGGAGCUUCACCUGUCCGAGAACCACGAUCCCAUCAUAGCCGCUAAGCGCGACCGUGGUGAGAAAACCUUCUCUUGCUUCGUGCAGGACUGCGAUAAGGUCUGUCUGGAGUGGAAGAAGCGUCGCAGCCACCUUGUGGACAAGCACGGCUUCCCCAAGAACUACGACUUCUUCAUUGUCAACAACGGUAUCGAUGGCAGGAGAAGCAUGCUACGUCCUGGUGUUGAUUCUCAGGGCCACCGAAAGAGCAGCAGAGAACGACGCGGUUCAAGCGCUACUAAGAUGACGCAAACGACUGAGGCCACAUCAGUCAGCCAGGCCACUGACAAUGCCAUCGAUGAAGACAACGAGACUGACAGGGUGGAGGAAGCAGGCAAGGGCAGAGUGCCGGCUGGCAAAGACGAUGACGCUGCGAUGGAUGCUGUUACGAGAUCUAUGAGCUCUCUGCAAUUUGUGCCUCGCAGCGUGACGUUCGGCAAGAGGAAGGGGAAGUCUGGGUUUGCAAAGAGCUGA